AUGUCCUGGAAGCUCUUUCUGGGUAAGUCCGCAGAGCAGGGAUUAGCUAAGGGAAUCUAAUGGAAACUCCUAGCAGCAGCAUCCGGCUAUCAGAACCAGAAAGAAAGAGGCAGGGUGUGGAGCCUGACUCUAACCCCUAACCCUAGUAGGGUUUGGGUUAGGGUUAUAUUCCUGUAAUCAUUUCCUGAAUUUCCCCUCCCUCUCCUGUUUUGCCACUUUUCAGGAAUCCAAGGCACUUCCAAAAUUUGGCAAAUCGGUUCGGUACUUCCAAUAUUCUGCACUUUGGAAAUUCGGACAUAUAUAUAGAAAUUGCAAUUUAAGGGACCUGUCUGACAACUGAGGCUGAAAGUCCAGACACCAUAAAACCUGUACAAGGGGUACUGUUGUACUUGGGAUACUUUGCUGAACACUGGUGUUUAUGAGUGUUUCAAAACAGUAAAACAUCAUAAGGAUUUCAUUUGUGUGUGAAAAAUGGAAAGAAAAAAAAAACCUAUAUGAGCUCUAAGUUUAGCUAGGGUUUGUGACUAAGUGGCUACCAAAAAAGACUGGUCAUACCCCAUAUUGGAUACCCUGGGUUGUCUACAUUUGCAAAUGGUCUGCCGUGAUGGGGGGUAAUUCUAAUUCCUGUGCUACUAUACCGUUUAAAGGCAACAUAACCAAUCUGGCAAAUUUCAAUGUGUAAAAACUAAAAUGGGCAUGCCUUAUAUUUGACCCUGUAACUUUCCAAAACACCAUAAAACCUGUAUAUAGGAGGUACUGUUGCACUCGUGAAACAUUGCUGAAUAAAACUGUUUUAUUGCAGUAAAAGCAAACCGUAUUAUGACAUUCGCGGUUAAAAGGCCAUGCAGAACUAAAGUAAAAUAAAUGAAUUUUUUUUUGUACUAAUAUACAAAUAUUUGAUGGGAAAUGAAAUCCCUGUUUGUCCUAGACACUUUUCCGUCUAGUGUGGGGAUUAACACAUUCUUAGAGUUUUCUUUACUAAAGUGAGAAUUCAAGGUAAAUUGAAAGCGAUUUUUUUUUUUAAAUUUAAGGCCAGAGUAUCUGAACUUAAAACCGCUUAUUUAGAGAUUGUUUCCAGUUUGUCUAUUUUUUUUCUCAGUUUAGUGAAUAGCCCUGUUAGUAGUUGCUAGGUAUUUUAAGCAAUUCUGACUUUCUUUGUAUCCCUUUCAUUAGGUCCCGAUGGCUGCGAUGAUGAAGCAAAUGAACAUGGUAUAUUUCUUUUUAUUUGUGAUUUCUAACUCACCAAGCCUGAAUGUUGAAUACCAUUCCUCCAUGAUAAAUGUUUUUAAAGGAGCAGUGCAAGCACCAUAACCACUACAGCUUACCUGGGUUCUGGUGUGCACUGGUCUGAAGCCAGAAACUCCUGGAAGACGCUUCUUUUAGCUCCUCUGAGCUAAGCUGUGUCUUGCAAGAUCUGUUCUUUGGCUGAAAGUGUCAGAUGAGCACCUUCAGCAAAUGAGCUAGGCCCUUGCUUUAAAAUUGUUCCCAUUCCUCCCUUUAAAUGAUAGUAAGAAACCUUCCCAGCUUGACAGCCAGGAGAUGUUACUAAGUUCAAUUAUUAACAUGCAGAUUUCUCUUAUAACUGGCACUUCUCUGACACAAGCCUUGGGGUCAUGCGGCCAUCCAGUGAUUUAUGGGAGUGUAGUGCCCCUUUAACUCCACUGUUACCCUUCCAAUCUGUAUACACUUUGCACAUCGCUCUAUACAGCUGUCAUUGAAUACCAAGUUCACAGAUGACAUGCCAGGAAUGUCAUGGUAUCAUAGGAUUUUCCCAAUAGCUUGUCCUGUGGGGCAUAAACAUACAAAACUAUAUUGGCAGGAAAAAUCAUUGACAUUGUAAAUGUAAACUGUUUUUGUUCUGUCAUAUGGUGGCAGUACAUGUGGGUUUUGCUCCUUUCCUGUGGACAAGCAUCUAACAAGAUUAAUUAAAUCAACAAACCCCUCUCCCUUGCCCUAUAAAAGGGCUAUCCGGCAAAACCUACCUCAGUUUCCUUUCUUGUCCCAAGAGGGAAGGACACAGCAUCUGGAGGGUGAGACACACAGGCUGCUGGUCUGGGGGAAUCCGGUCCGAGAGCUGCCCGAGCGGUUAGCUGAGAGACCAUGCUCCUUCCGUUAUGGUUACUGAGCAAGUGGAUACGUUGCCUCUUAUGCAGAGAGGGUUGUGGCGAGCACUUCCUGGAGGCGGUCUUGAGGCACAGGUACAACUGGUGGAACCCUGCGCACAGUGGUGGAACGCACGCCCGGGAGGUGAUGCGUUCCCCCAAAAGUUCCGGUGCCGCGCAUGCGCAUACCAAUUUUUUUUUAUUUAUUUUUUAAAGCCGCGAAAUUUGAUGCUCGGCGUAGAUGAAGCUGUGCAGUACCCACUGACAGCAUGGAUGCUUGCCAGGAGUGGUACGCCGUGUCACCAGCCCCCCCACACGGCUCAGAGGCAUUUUGAGGUAAGAUUAAUCUUUCCUUCAAAAUGAUCUCUGUAAAAGAUUAUACACUUAAUUUCUUAAUUUACAAGGAGUAUGAAGCUACGAGGAAAGUAGAGGUUCAGGUUAAUGGCCUGGCUACUGCUAGGUUACUUCAUCAUCUAGGUCUGCAAGAAGAUAGAUUUGGCUCUGUUACUUUGAUCAACUAGAUUUCCUGCUUUGAAGGUCUAAUUUCUAAUAAAGGUCAGGCUUUUUUUUUUUUUUUUUAAUUGGUGUUGGGAACACCACUGCCGGUGUGUUCAUCUGUCUGUAGACCCAUGUUUUAAUGUCUUCAGGAUAUUGUUCUGCAGGCUUCUGUGUUUUCUGCUUUGAGGUUCAGGCCUCAAUCCUGAGAAUCCUGCUGAAAGAAGAUUUUGCAUCCAUAUGUUAAGUUUAAGAUUUUUUUUUUUUUUUUUUUUGGUAAUUUGCCAGGUCCAGUCAUCCUCCUAGAGUUCUGUUUUUCCUUCCUGGGAUUUAUCCUUGAAUUUUACUGGCUCUUGAUAACUCUCUUUUGAAUCCUGUGAAAAGGUUUCCCUUACAAGUUUUGUUCCUCUAGGCUACCUUCUUGGGGGCCAUCACAUCGGCAAGAAGGUUCCGUGAGCUUCAGUCAUUUUCAUCCCCAGAUUUUUUUUCAGUAUUGCUCAUGAACACGGGUUUGUACUACGAGUCACCGUUUGUUUCUGCUUUCCUUUUGGUGGUUAUGCCACCUCUCCUCAGGGACUUAAAUUACAUAGUUACAUAGCUGAAGAGACUUGCGUCCAUCAAGUUCAGCCUACCUCACAUUUGUUUUUUGCUGUUGAUCCAAAAGAAGGCAAAAAAAACCAGUUUGAAGCACAACUUUGCAACAAGCUAGGAAAAAAAUUCCUUCUUGACCCCAGAAUGGCAGUCAGAUUUAUCCUUGGAUCAAGCAGUUAUUACCCUACAUUGAAAGAUUAUAUCCUUGAAUAUUCUGUUCUUGCAAGUAUGCAUCUAGUAGCUGUUUGAACAUCUGUAUAGACUCUGAUAAAACCACUUCCUCAGGCAGAGAAUUCCACAUCCUGAUUGUUCUUACAGUAAAAAAACCUUUCCUUUGCCUUAGACGAAAUCUUCUUUCUUCCAGUCUAAACGCAUGGCCUCGUGUCCUAUGUAAAGUCCGGUUUGUGAAUAGAUUUCCACACAAUGGUUUGUAUUGGCCCCGAAUAUAUUUGUAUAAUGUUAUCAUAUCCCCUCUCAGGCGACAUUUUUCUAAACUAAAUAGGUUUAAAUUUGUUAACCUUUCUUCAUAGCUGAUAUGUUCCAUUCCUUUUAUUAGUUUUGUAGCCCGCCUCUGCACUUUUUCUAGUGCCAUAAUAUCCUUCUUUAGAACAGGUGCCCAAAAUUGCACAGCAUAUUCAAUAUGGGGUCUUACCAGUGAUUUAUAAAGAGGCAAAAUUAUAUUCUCGUCCCGAGAAUGAAUGCCCUUUUUCAUGCAUGACAAUACCUUACUGGCCUUGGCCACUGCUGAUUGACAUUGCACAUUGUUGCAUAGUUUGUCUAUAACAAUUCCCAAGUCCUUUUCAUGUGUUAUCCCUAAUUCGCUUCCAUUAAGGGUAUAUACGUUGCUUGUGUAUUCUUUACGCCGAAGUGCAUAACUUUGCAUUUUUCAACAUUAAAUUUCAUCUGCCAUUGUUUUUUCUUGUUUCUUAAAGGAGCAUUGCCAUAUCUCUUUCUAGGACUGAAGAGCUCAGGUAUUCUGGCCAUCUGUUUGUUAUCCUCCAAUAAAAAUUACAAGGAUACGGUGCUUCCUGCAAUUCUUUUUCAUUUGACUCAGACGAGUGAGUAGGUUGGCAGUUUUCUCCCGGUGGUCUUCAAGUUCCGGUUUCUCUCACGGCUCUUUACACUUGGGGUAUUGGCUGCCUCAGGCGCAGUAAGAGCUCUUGUUUUCUUCCAGUGGACUUCUGUGAGGCACCGUCUUGGGCUGCCUUUCCACAUUUUCAUUAAACUCUACAGGCUAGAGAUAUUCUCAUCCUCUGAAACUGCCUUUGGGCGUAAAGGUUGCGACCUGGGGUGACAUUGGACCCGUCCGGGUUGGGGAUCUUGCUAUAUCCCACAUGUACUGCCACCAUAUGACAGAAAAAACUAAAAUUUGUACUUACCGUAAAUUCUUUUUUUUCUUAAUAUGGCAGUACAGCUUCCCUCCCUCUAUAUUACAUUUUCUUGAUUACAGUAUAAGUUUUUUAUCUGUGGUUUUUCUUGCUACUUACUGAGGAAGGUUUUGCCGGAUAACCCUUUCAUAGGGCAAGGGGGAAGGGGUGUUUGUUGAUUUAAAUUAAUCUUGUUAGAUGCUUGUCCACAGGAAAGGAGCAAAACCCACAUGUACUGCCACCGUAUUAAGAAAAAAAGAAUUUACGGUAAGUAAAAAUUUCCGUUUUCUUUCCCGCACAGAUGACCGUGCAGCACGUUCUUUGCUAAAUAAGCUUAUUCGUAGCUCGUUGGUGGAAUCCUAUCACAGUGUGGAAGUGUUACAGAGAGAUCCUAGCUCCCCACUGUUCUCCGUUAAAUCAUUUGAGGAGCUACAUUUGUAAGUACUUGGUAACCAAACCCAUAAGCAGGGUACUGGCUAUUUAGGAUGUUAUUGUAUAACAUACGCUGCCUGAAAAGGUAUGACCUGUACAGCUGUAACCUCCUCAGAUUGUCUACUAGAUAUUUAGCACAUCUACCCAGUAAUAUGUCACAUUGCUGAUUGUCCAGCCACACACACAGUAUUUUGGGAUAUAUCAUUUAUAGGCUGGGCGAAUAAGCUUGCAUCCAUUGCACAAGAAUGACUUGGGGCGGAAGGAGCACAUUUCAGUUUACACUCUGCAGGUAGUGUAAGUGCUUCAUCUCGUUGAAGUAGUUAUAGGGUCAGGAGUCCCCUGGAGUCAUCCUUCCACUCAUUGUUAAACUAGAGGUCUGCACGGCCCAUCUCCUCUGCUGCUUGGGCUAGUGAUGCAUUGUGUGUGUGUGUGUGUGUGUGUGUUAUCGACAUAACUUGCUUAUGGCAGGUCACGUUUCAUAAAUAUUAAGGAAAUAAAGGGAUUUUAUUUUAUUAGUAUUUCUACAUGGUAGUGAGUGUGCCCAGCCUAGGUGGUGCGCCCAGACGCUUGGACACAAUUGGCGCACACACAGCCUGAAACCCUUGUUCAAGCAGUUUGAUAGAUCUGAGAGGCCGGCUUAUAGCUGCAGUGGUUUCAACAAAUCUGUGCGAUUAUAAGCCAUUCUCAGAGCUGAUGGUAGGCUCACAUCACCUUUGUAAUUCGGUGUAGAGUGACCAUAAAUGUUUUUCUGUGUGAAUGUAAAGAUAAACUAGUAUUAAGUAUUUUAUAGAAUAUUUAUUUAAAACCAUGUCUACAAAGACUGCAUUAAAUUAAUGUAUCCAGGAAUGAAAAGGGUUUCUUUUGGAUGUUUUGGGUUGGUUUUUUUUUCCUCAUUUUUGUUGAGCCAAUGUAUUGUUUUGCCUACAAAAAAUAGUUACAGCUACAUAUUUUGCAUUCACCUUUUAAUGGAUUUUUAAAAAACCAAAACUUUUUAUUUUUAUAGAAAGCAGCAGUUACUAGAUGGAGUUUAUUCCAUGGGCUUUAACAGACCUUCAAAAAUCCAGGAGACCGCUCUUCCUAUGAUGCUUGCAGAUCCGUAAGUAGUUAAUGAAGUAAUCUUUGUGUUAGGACACUAUAGGCAUUUCAUGUGUAAUAUGUUGUUUGUCAUAGUUAAGCUGGGUGGAUUUGAUAUCAGUAAUAUUAAAUGGGUAUUUACUUAUAGAACAAAACAAAAAUGGGAAAAUAAGUUCACCUUUCUGCCUCUCACUCCCAACAGGAUGCAUUUCCCUUCUUUGUCCCAAUAAUACGUUUUAGAACAAGGGUUAUCACUUUCUAGCUGUUGUCAUAUAGGUGUUAACUUUCUGCAGUAGAAAUCUGAAAGAUUUACUGCAACUCUCAAAGCUGCGCUUGGCAUUUUCAGAUAAGCUCAGCCACUGCCAUAGAGGAUUAAUUGGCUGAGUCACUUCCAGGUUUGGCAAAACUUUGGGGAUUUGUAGCAAGUGCAGGAGCUUCAAAUGGUUUAACUAGGCUUUUUAAAUUAAUAUUACCAGUUGAUCUGCCACAUGGUUGAUUAUACAGUAUCUAAAUUCUGGUGCAUUAAUAUUCAGGCUUCGGUUUAGGCACAUUUCCUUUCCAACUAAUUUUUUUUUUUUUUUUUUACUAUCCCACGUCCCUGCACAAAUUAGGCCAGAUUUAAAGACAAGUUUUUUUUUUUAGAUUUUCAAUCCAAGCAUUUAAGUAAGACAGAUUGUAACCAUUUUAUUAUUUUUUGUAAGUGGUAUUUCAACUGUUUGCGUUCAAGUAGUUCAUGGAGGAGUAGUCACACAUUGAUUUUCCCCCUUUCAGUGUAAAUGUUCUAUACUAACUUCAGCAUCUGUCGUCCAUAAGUACCAUACUUUCUAAUACACUUAUUUGAAAUUUGCGGCGUCCCAAACAUACACCACAUACUCACAUGCACACACAUUGACAAUAUUUUUUUUAUUAUUAUUACAAUAUUCAGUGUGUUGAAUUUUUUAUUUCCAUUUAUUAAUGUGUUUCCAGGCCCCAAAAUUUGAUUGCCCAGAGUCAGUCAGGGACUGGGAAAACUGCUGCAUUUGUCCUUGCUAUGCUGAGCCGUGUCAGCCCGAUGAAGAAGUAUCCACAGGUAAUGAGCAUUUUUUUUAAAAGCAGCUUUUAAAGGGACACUCCACUGUCCAAAUACAAACAAAAUAAAAAUCAGUCUAGUAGACAUACCCCAAAUGACAACACGCAUACAUUUAAUUAUGCGUUUUGUUCAUUGCAAUUAUAUCUAAAAACGGCUUGCAUUAACUGCAGAUCUCUUGUCUGCAGCCUUUGCAAGUCCUCCAUUCCUAGCACAGCUUACAAUUUCUGUGGUUGUCCAAUCAGACUUCCCAAAGCAGCUCAAUUAGAAGUCUUUGAAAGGCAGUUGCUCUGUAUAAUUGCUGCCUCUUUAGUUUAGCUCCCCUGAGUUAAUGAAACCAGAAAUAGGACCGGUUGUCUGCUUGAAAAGCUGGGGAUGUAACCAGUAUAAUUUGGAAAAGUGUACAUUUUUAUUGAAAUCUGCACUAUUUCCAAUAUGAAAUAAAGAGGACACACUCUUCCCAUAUAAAGCUUUUCUUCAAGCUAAAGUGCUUAGGGGUCUGGAGUGUCCCUUUAAUUGGGGAACACAAUAGUUAAACAAAUGGGCAUACCCACUUCUCUUCUGUUUUCCAAUUGUCUCCUACAGUGCAUCUGUCUUAGUCCCACAUUUGAGCUGGCUUUGCAGACAGGAGAAGUUAUAGAGCAGAUGGGAAAGUUCUGUGAAGACAUCAAAGUAGUCUACGCAGUGAGAGGAAACAGGCGUAUGUGGAGUCUCUAAGUUUGUACAUGUAUUUUUCUUUUGUCGAUGUGUGUUGUGACUGCCUGAUCUGAACUGGAUUGUGCUGAAAUUUGCUAGAUAAAUAAAAAGUUAAAAGAAAAUUGACCAUCGCAUGUUACGAUAAGUUAUAGGUGUUUAUUUUUUUUAUUUAAUGCCGUUGUGUUUUUUUCUUUUUCUUUUUUUUUUUCUUUCAGACGUGGCAGUUCCCCAUUUAAUUUGAACAGAGGCAAAGGAUAUACAGUUUGUUUUGAGUCUUGGCUGAAAAUGAAUUGCAAUUACUGUGUAUUUGUUUUUGUUUUUGCUUAGCCUCCAGUGAUAGCAGAAUUGAAGCCCAGAUUAUCAUUGGCACCCCUGGUACUGUGAUGGACUGGUGUUUUAAACAGAGGCUGAUCGAUGUUGCAUACAUCCGUGUCUUUGUGUUGGAUGAGGCAGAUGUAAUGAUUGACCUUCAAGGUUACUGUGAUCACAGUAUUCGUGUUAAAAGGUAAGUGCCAAUACUUUGCCACUGAGGUGGGUACUGCUCUUCUAAUCCUUGGUAUCCAGUUAUAUGAAUAAGGAAACUGUAUAUUCAACUCACAUUUACAUUUUUAUAAGCCGCCGUCUUUAGGCAGUACAAUGCAUGCUAAUGGAUAUAGGAGACAUGUAGUGUGGGCUAUGACCGGUACUCUUCAAUGUGAAUUGAUCAGGAUGUAUGUUCAAUUCUCUCAGAGAUCCGCAGAGGCAAAGUGAAAACUCUACCUUUGGACAUUUUGUAGCAUGUUUCCAUUAUGCAAAACAUGUUAGAAAUGCUGUGCUCUGUAUAUUGCUGCAUACUAGGUACGUUAACCCCUUAAGACCAGAGGGCGUACUAUUACGCCCUAUUCUAAGCGGCUCUAAACGCCGCCGGGUGUAAUAGUACGCCCUUCGGUCUUUUCCUACUUACCCGGUCGCCGGCAAUCGUGGUUGGGGGGACUCCCAGGGAGCCCCCCGCAGCACGUUCGACCCCCUGGAAGCCCCCCGGCCAUGUGAGAGUGAGGUCCUUGCGAGGACCUCACAAUCACAUGGCCGGGAUAGCUGGCUGCAGCAUUGCCAGCAGGGGGCCUGACUGUAAUGACAGGUGGUCCCCCUGCUGGCUGGAAAUCAAAUGAAAUAAAAGUGUAAAAAAAAUUUUUAAACAAAAUUAGAUACUUAGAUAUAUAAUCAAAUUACACGUAUACUGAUUAAAUAUAUAUAUAAUUAUUUUUAUAUAUAUUAUAAAAAAAAUGUAAAUACAUUAAAAAAUAAAAUUAAAAAUAAAUAAUUAAAAAAUAUAUAGAUGUUAUUUCGUUCUAACUGUAUUGUGAAAUUAAUAUAUAUCAAAAUACACGUAGAAUGAAAUAUACAUAUCUAUAUACAUAAAUAUAUACGUAUAUAUCACUAUAUAAAUAUUUUUAAAAAAUUAUAUAGAUCUAUACAACGUAAGCCUCAUUGGUUCUGUUGAUCUUGUUCACCUGCCAUCUAUUAUCCAAUCGAGGUAAGGGGCUCAAAUUCCUCCAUUAUUAGUUCUUACGAAACGGGAAGUGACGUAUCGCAAUGUCCGCGACGUUACUUCCGGUAUUUCCGGAUCGCCAUAUUCACUGCUGGCAAUAGCCAGUCAAUAGUUAUAUCGUCCAUAGGUUCAAUAUAGGAUAUAUAAAUGGUGGUUCGCCAUUUGCCACCUAUUGCCAGCAGUGAAUAUGGCGAUCCGGAAAUACCUGAAGUGACGUCGCGGACAUUGCGAUACGUCACUUCCAGUUUUGUAAGAACUAAUAAUGGAGGAAUUUGAGCCCCUUACCUCGAUUGGAUAAUAGAUGGCAGGUGAACAAGAUCAACAGAACCAAUGAGGAGGCACUUUUGGGUAUUUAAAAAGAGAAGCGCGGACAGCAGGAUACCGAUUGAAAAAGCCUUUGCAGAAGGUGAAACGCGUCUCGGACAGCAAGGACUUUUGUUUUAUUGACCAUUAUUUAAUGGUAUUUUAUUUAUUAUUUAUAUAUGUUUAUGUAAUAAAUUGAUAUUAUUUUUACAAGUUCCUUGAACUGUUAUUUCCUGCUGCCAAAGAAGAGUUGUGCCCUCUUAAAGGCACAGUGCUGGUUUAACUGAGAGCCCAGUGUUGAUUGGCUCUCAACAAGGUGAGCAAGUACCUUUAUUUUUACUUAGUCACAAAAUUGGCGUUUUUUUGCAUUUUUCACACACAAACAAAUACCAACGCUAACUUUGGCCAGUGUUUGUGGCCAAAUGGCUACUAAAAAAGACGGACAUACCCCAUUUGCAAUACCUUGGUUUGUCUACUAUUGCAAAUGGUAUGCCAUUAUGGGUGUAAAUUUCAUUCCUGGGCUACUAUACAGUCUCAAAGGCAACGUAACCAAUCUGGCGAAUUUAAAUUUCAAAUGUAACAUGCUAUAUUUGGCCCUGUAACUUCCCAAAAUGCCAUAAAACCUGUACAUAGGGGGUACUGUCUUACACGUGAGACUUUGCUGAAUACAAAUAUGUGUAUUUUAUUGCAGUAAAAGCAAACAGUAUUAUGACAUUGACAGUUAAAAUGUCAUGUAGAACUAAAAAAAUUUAAAGAAAAAUCUUAUUUUCUCCCAUUUUUUUAAUAUUAAAUUAUGUUUCAUAGCUAAAUAUUUGAUAUUAAAUGAAAGCCCUGUUUCCCCUGAAUAAAAUGAUAUAUAAUAAGGAUGGGUGCAUUUACUAUGAAAGAGGUGAAUUACGGUUGGACAGACAUGUAGCGCAAAUGCCAGGUUUUGUUUACGUUUUGUUCACAACGUGUACAUCUGGCUCCGUCCUUAAGGGGUUAAAUGUUUUUAUGUGACUUCAAUAAUCUCACUCACACGGUGUUUUCACAGAGCUAUGCCAGAAACAUGUCAAAUGUUGCUUUUUUCGGCCACCUUUGAAGACACAGUAUGGAGCUUUGCUGAGAGAAUUGUUCCAGAUCCAAACAUCAUAAAACUAAAGAAAGAAGAGCUAACACUUAAAAACAUACAGCAGUUUUUUGAUCCUUGUGAAAACAAAGAACAGAAGUAUCAGGCACUAUGUAACAUCUAUGGGGCAGUAACGAUUGCCCAAGCAAUUAUUUUCUGUCAGGUACUGUAACUACUGGAGGGAAUACCAUUCCUAAACAGCAGAGGGUAUGUUAAUUGAAUUGUUCAAUUUAAAAUGAUGAUCUCCGCUAAAGUUAAUUUGUCAUACUAUAGUAAAUAUCACUAAAUGUUAGCCAAACAAUGGGUCUUCCCUGCACAGUUAUUUUAUUUUUUUAAAUCUAAAUUGGCUAAUUAUUUUUAUCUUCAUGGCCCCCUUAACAAGUAAUUUAGUAGUUCUAUUUGUUUUAUUAUUAUUAUGAUCUUAAUAUAGCACCAUCAAAUUCCGCAACGAUUUACAAUGGGUGGAUGAACAGACAUGUAGUUGUAACCAGACAAGUUGGACACACAGGAACAGAGGGGUUGAGGGCCCUGCUCAAUGAGAUUACAUGUUAGAGGGAGUGGGGUAUAGUGACAGUAACAGAGGGAUUUAGGGCCUGCUCAGUGAGCUUACAUGUUAGAGGGAGUGGGGUAUAGUGACACAGUAACAGAGGGAUUGAGGGCCCUGCUCAGUGAGUUUACAUGCUAGAGGGAGUGGGGUAAAGUGACACAAAAAGGUAAGGAUAGUAUUAGACUAGUGACAUUUGCAGAAGAGGAAUCAGUGAGGAGCUAUUAACAGUUUAAUUGAUAUGCUUUUAUGAAGAAGUGGGUUUUUUAACGAAUUUUUGAAGGAGUGGAGACUAGGUGAGCAUCUAACGGAGGAGGGAAGUGAGUUCCACAGGAACGGUGCAGCCCUCGAGAAAUCUUGAAGGCAAGCAUCAGAGGUGAGAGUACGGACAGAAGAUAGACGUAAGUCUUCAGCAGAUCGUAAGGGCCAGACGGGACAUACUUGUGUAUAAGGGAGGAUAGAUAGGUGGGAACAGCAUUAUGUAGAGAUUUUAAAUUGAGCUCUAUAUUUUCUAGGAAGCCAAUGUAGGGUCUGACAGAAGGGUGAGGCAUGGGAGGUGCAGGUGGACAGGAGGAUGAGCCUCGCUGCCGCAUUCAUUAUGGCACAAGUUGGGAGCAUGUAAGACCACUGAGAAGUGGAUUACAGUAGGCGAGGAAAGGACAGUGGAAUGUUUUAUAUCUGUAUUGGGAAAAAAAUAUAAAAUUACAUUUGACUUCCCAGGAAAUACUUGAAAAUUAAAGAAAUCUCAAUGUAUCCUUCCUAGUAAAUUAUUUUAUAAAUAAAUAGUGUGAACCCCUGUUUGAGGAUCUAAAACCUAGCCUCCUUGCAAGUUGGUGACCAGUAGUUUGAAAAGUUAGGUCAUGCUCCACAGGCCCAAGGCAAACUGUCCUCAAUACAGGUGAUACUCGAAAAAUUAGAAUAUCAUGCAAAAGUUAAUUAAUGUCAGUAAUGCAACGUAAAAGGGGAAACUAAUAUAUGAGAUAGACACAUAACAUGCAAAGCAAGAUAGUUCAAGCCGUGAUUUGUCAUAAGUGCGACGAUUAUGGCUUACAGCUCAUGAAAACCCCAAAUCCACAAUCUCAGUAAAUUAGAAUAUUGUGAAAAGGUGCAAUAUUCUAGGCUCACAGUGUCCCACUCUAAUCAGCUAAGUAAGCCAUAACACCUGCAAAGGGUUUCUGAGCCUUAAAAUGGUCUCUCAGUCUGGUUCAGUAGGAAUCACAAUCAUGGGGUAAACUGCUGACCUGACAGUUAUGCAGAAAACAAUCAUUGACACCCUCCAUAAGGAGGGAAAGCCUCAAAAGGUAAUUGCGAAGGAAGUUGGAUGUUUCCAAAGUGCUGUAUCAAAGCACAUUAAUAGAAGGUUAUGUGUAAGGGAAAAGUGUGGAUGAAAAAGGUUCACAAGCAGCAGGAUGACCGCAGCCUGGAGAGGAUUGUCAGGAAAUAGUCAUUCAAAUGUGUUGGGGACUUUCACAAGGAGUGGAUUGAGGCUGGAGUCAGUGCACCAAGAGCCACCACACACAGACGGAUCCUGGACAUGGGCUUCAGAUGUCGUAUUCCUCUUGUCAAGCCGCUCCUGAACAACAAACAACGUCAGAAGCAUCUUACCUGGGCUAAAGAAAAACAGACCUGGUCUGUUACUCAGUGGUCCAAAGUCCUCUUUUCUGAUGAGAGCAACUUUUGCAUCUCAUUUGGAAACCAAGGACCCAGAGUCUGGAGGAAGAAUGGAGAGGCACACACUGCAAGAUGCUUGAAAUCCAGUGUGAAGUUUCCACAGUCUGUGCUGAUUUGGGGAGCCAUGUCAUCUGCUGGUGUUGGUCCACUGUGCUUCAUUAAGUCCAGGGUCAACGCAGCCGUCUACCAGGAGAUUUUGAAGCACUUCAUGCUUCCUUCUGCAGACGAGCUUUAUGGGGAUGCUGACUUCAUUUUCCAGAAGGACUUGGCACCUGCCCACACUGCCAAAAGCACCAAAGCCUGGUUCAAUGACCGUGGGAUUACUGUGCUAGAUUGGCCAGCAAACUCGCCUGACCUGAACCCCAUAGAGAAUCUAUGGGACAUUGCCAAGAGAAAGAUUAGAGACAUGAGACCGAACAAUGCAGAAGAGCUGAAGGCAGCUAUUGAAGCAUCCUGGUCUUCCAUAACAUCUCAGCAGUGCCACAGGCUGAUAGCUUCCAUGCCACACCGCAUUGAGGCAGUAAUGGCUGCAAAAGGGCCCAAACCAAGUACUGAGUCCAUAUGCAUGCUUAUACUUUUCAGAUAUUGUUCUAUGUACACUCCUUGUUUUAUUGAUUGCAUGUAAUAUUCUAAUUUACUGAGAUUGUGGAUUUGGGGCUUUCAUGAGGUGUAAGCCAUAAUCAUCGCACUUAGUUCAAGCCGUGAUUUCAUAUCUUGCUUUGCAUGUAAUGCGUCUAUCUCAUAUUAGUUUCCCCUUUUACGUUGCAUUACUGAAACAAAUGAACUUUUGCACGAUAUUCUAAUUUUUCGAGUAUCACCCGUACAUUUAUAGUGGCAGCACAGCCUUCCUCUGCAAUAAAGACCCUUCUUCCUGGCACUGAGACGAAUUGAACAAAAGUCUUGUGAAGAAUGUAUUUUGGGUUUGUUGGUUUACAAUUGAAUGAUGUAUCUGACUUAAUCUUAUUUGAAGUUUGGGCUACCAAGCAAAUGCAAUGGAUAUUAUUUUGGUCCCUGUAAAACAUGUUAAAGGGACAUGUCAGGCUGGUGCUGACCUCCUGUCAAAAAUAAAUCUAUAUAUAUAUUUUAAUGUAUUAAACAUAUGCAAACCAAAAAGAUUUUUUCAGUGUGGAGAAGUGUAAAGUCCAUGCAUUAAGAAAAUAUUACACCGAUCUGAGCUGUCAGUUUUAACAUGUCUUUAUAUUUUCUCUACAACAGACUCGUAAAAUAGCCAGCUGGCUGUAUCACACAAUGCGAAAAGACGGACAUCAGGUGUCAUUGCUAACUGGAGAGCUAUUGGUCACUGAGCGCGCACGCAUGAUCCAGAGAUUCCGUGAUGGGAAUGAAAAAGUUCUCAUUACAACCAAUGUCUGUGCCAGAGGUAAAUCCGUUACUUAUUAAAGAGAUAUGUACUUAGUCUUUCUCCACCCUAUCAGUUGAUUUUUGUGCCAAAGCAUUGACUGAAAGUGGGAGCAGGAGAGCCUUCCCACAGGAGGCCCCCCUCCUCUCCACACCUACUAUCCAAAUCUAAUUAUAUUCUUUUCAUUAAACAUUACUUUAUUCCAUGAAUGUUACUAAAUGGUAAAUUGCACUAACCACUUAAAUUGAAGUGUCUCCCAAAGUUGUUCCUAAUUUUCAGACGCAGUUCUGUCUUCCUUACAAGCUGUAAUUAGUGGGGGGUUUUUUGUUUUGUUUUUAUUGAAGCUUGCCAGAUUUCUAAUGCAAUGUUGCCACUUGCUUUUCAGGAAUCGACGUAGAACAGGUUUCUAUUGUAGUGAAUUUCGAUCUGCCGCUGCAGCUAGACGGAACUGUAGACUAUGACACAUAUCUCCAUCGUAUUGGCCGUGCGGGACGAUUUGGAAAGAAGGGCAUUGCACUCAGCCUUGUGGAAAAAAGCUGUCUCUACAUGCUGGAUCAUAUUGAAAAGCAGUUCAGUACGUCUGAUAUCACUUUAUUGGAACAUGAUUCUUAACCUCUCGUAUAGCAUCUUUUUUUUUUUUUUUAUUCCGUCAAUACGUCCCUUAUUAUAAAAGUGAUUAACUAUUAAUUUGCUUUAAAAAAAUCUCCGAUAAUACCACCUAUCCAGGGGUGCUGGCAGUGCCAUGCUCUGCAGUCUUGGUAGUAUGCUAAUGUCCCAUCUUGCUUUCACUCCCUACACGAAGUAGAGCAAUUCUCCAUGACCGCUUCAUUGCCAGCACAUUGUUGUCCGAACACAGUGACAUCAUUGACUCCAUUUCUAUAUUCUCCAUCAAGCACAAGAUGUGAUCUCCUAAGUCAGUUCUUCACCUAAUUCUAAUAGAUCUCAAUUCCACUGGCAUAACUUUCUGUGCCAAGAAUUGGCUGGGGAGGGACCAAACUUUUUUUUUUAUAGAUUUGAUAAAUUCUGUUUGCACAACCCAUGAAUAAAAUUGAAUGUACUUGUAAUUUUUUAGGAAGUUGUGUGAACCACAGGUAAGCAGUAAAUGCUGGAGUUGACAAGUUUUAUCUUCACAAAGAUCUGUAUUCAUUCUACGGAUUGUGUUGGCAAUAUUGCCAGCAAAUGAAUAAAUUAAAAAAUACUCAUGCGCCCAGAUGCCCCUCCCCAAUUUACAUGUGCAAAAUCCAUAAAUGUUGAGAUCACAAGGUCAGUGGUCCCAAUAUCUAUAUGGAUCAAGGGACACUUCAGUGAAAUUAAAAAUCCCAAAGUACACCUACUUCAGAUUUACAACAAAUUAUUUUAUGCUAAACCGGAACAAUUUGCAAAGUCGAUUACAAUUCACCUAUUUUGAAAUUCACUUUAAAUUCCUUACAAUUCUCACUUUGCUAAAUAACCCUGCGUGGCACACUGUUUGAAUAUAUUGGGAGAGGUCACUACCCACAUAGUUUUUUUUUCUGUAGUGUACAUCACCAUGCCAAAGUGGAAACCAGUUCAAAUAUGUACAGUAAAAUAAGACUUCCUCUAUACAUUGGAAAUUUCACUCACAUGGUUUGUUCUAAAAUGUUAUCUAAAGAAAAAACAUUCUAAAGAUCUAAAUGAACAAGAGAAAAAGGUCUUUUGUAGUGCAUUAUGUAUGAAUUUUAUUUUGUCUUCACACUUUUCAUAUAAUGUUAUAUUAAAGGGACACUAAUAUAGUCACCAGAACUACAGCUGCAUUUGUUCUGGUGCGUAGAAUCAUUCCCUUAAGGCUUUUUGCUGUAAACACGGUCUUUUCAGAGAAAAUGCAGUGUUUACAUUACAGCCUAGUGAUAACUUCACUGGCCACUCCUUAGAUGGCUGUUAGAGAUCCUUCCUGGGUCGUGGCUGCCUAAAAGGCAUCCAAACAUUCAGUGUCUCCUCCCUCUGCAUGCAGACUCUGAACUUUCCUCAUAGACAUUCAUUGAUUCAAUUCUCUAUGAGGAGAUGCCAAUUGGCCAGGGCUGUGUUUGACUUGUGCUGGCUCUGCCCCUGAUCUGCCUCAUUCAGUCUCAGCCAAUCCUAUGGGGAAGCAUUGUGAUUGGCUCAGAACAACACUUGUGAUGUCAGCAGGCACCUUGCUAUUUUGAGUUAGAUGGGCAGAGCCGGCACUUCAGGCUUGAAUACAAGUAAGAUGUUACUAUAUUUAUGGAGUCAAGAGGGGGCCAGGGAGACUAGAUGGUGGUUUUAACAUAAUAGGGUCAGAAAUGUUUGUUCCUGACCCUAUAGUGCUCCUUUAACUCCUUCAGAGCAAGAGGAAGGCAAAUGCAAACGACCAUGACAGUUAUCGCAUGUGAUCUGCCAUGAAGGGGUUAUUAAUGUUUCAGCCGCUCAGCAGGGGCGCCCAAAAGGUAGAUCCCUAGAUGUUGUAGAACAACUCUUAUGAUCCUUUGAAUGCCUUUCGAAUGACAAAAAUCAUGGAAGUUGUAGUUUAAAAACAUCUGGGGAUCUACCUUUUAGGUACCCCUGCUCUACAGCCUCCAAUCUGACAAAGGAAAUGAAACCUAACCAUCUGAACAGUUUUAAUAAAAUGUAGUGCAAGAUAUUGAGUUUACUUCCUGCAGUGCCCCUGUGAAGCCACUCAUUGAGUAUACAUCAUAUUUUCCCUUGUUUGUGAGGUUUACAAGGAUGUGUAUGCAUGCUGCAGCCAUAACCGUUUUUGCUUACCUUUUUGUUUUGUGCAUUGUCUUCUUUAAAAAAAAAGUAUACUAAAGCUUUGUGUGUGUGUGUGUAUAUGUAUAUAUAUAUAUAAUAUUUAUAGAAUCUCACAGUAGUUUUGUAAAAACAUUAAUUGAAUUGUUUUUUCUUUCUGUUCAGAUACAAAGAUUAGGCGAUUAGACACUGGAGAUCUCA